AUGCGGCGAGCAUCCAGCCUUCCAAUGACAAUCACGCCUACGGGGCAAGAAUACAUUGCCGGUCAGCUCAACUCUCGCAACCUCGAGCAAGCAGUUCGCGGCCUUCAUGAAGACGGCCUCAUCGUGGUGUCCGGCGUGGUCCCGCACGGCGACCUUGACCAUUUGAACACGAAGAUGGUCCAGGAUGCCAGAGCCUUGCAAGCACGCGGGAAAGACAUGCCGUUCAACUACAACGUCGGUAACAUUCAGCAAGACCCGCCGCCCGUGAAAUCUUUCUUUUCAUCCUCAAUCUUUCUCAAUCCCAUCGCCAGCCAGAUCACAACCUGCAUGCUUGGGCCGAAGCCGAAGUGGACUUUCUGCAGUGGCAAUACCGCUUUGCCGCCUGUGGAGGGGACCGAGCCACAGCGCCAGCCUGUGCACACGGACGCCGAUUACGCUCAUCCAACGCAUCCGUUCGCGCUCGUGGUCAAUGUCCCACUGAUCAGAUUCACACCCGAAAAUGGCAGCACUGAAGUCUGGCUUGGAACACAUACCGGUGACCUGGCUGGUCUUCAGGUCCAAGAUGGAGCGCAUGGCGAACGAGCGAGUGGAAGGAUCAAGAAGCACUUGCUCGAGCAGCGGAUGACCGUCAGAGGACCUUCUCAGCCGGUCAUUGAGAAGGGAAGUAUCGUCAUCCGAGACCUUCGCUUGUGGCACGCUGGAAUGCCAAAUCUCUCUCGAGAUGAGCGGGUCAUGCUUGCUAUGAUCCACUUUGCGCCGUGGUAUCGCAACCAAAUGAAGCUGGAGCUCAGUGAGAGCACCAAGCCGAUAGUCGAAGGGCAGUCGCAGCUGGAAGUGCCGGUCCAGUGGGUCAGUGAAGAGAUGGCAGAGGAACGAUAUCUGAACAGAGGCUUCGGGAACAGCUACGACUUUGGCCAGAUAGCCUGA